AUGCAAGAACAUUCCCACCGUCUUGGCAUCAUCUGCCCCGAGGUGGAGAGUGACAGAAAAACAGAAGGCGGGAAAGUGGAUGCAUUCCGUAAGUUUGAUGUAAUGCGGGUACCUACACAAAUCGAAAGAGCUCAAAUGGACAUUCCAGGCCUGGCUUUGGCUGCCGAAUGGAUAGGGCUGCUACUGACCAGUCAACCUCUGAGGUGCUCCCUUCCCGCUUGCUUUUCUGGGUCAAAACAAGACCCUCAGCUCAAAAAAAAGGAAGACGACACAUUGUCUUUUCCGACGAAGAACGUCUAUACAAGCGGGUCUUUCAAAUUUUUCGGCUUGGUAACGUUUUAA